AGCAAAUGGCGUAUGACAAAAGUUUCCGUACUAAGUCUUGUUGGGUGUUUUGUGUUGACAUUAAGCUUUGAUAAGUUUCUAUUUUGUUGAAAAUGUCAAAAACAUGACAGAAACUCUGCGUAGACAGUCAACCACUGUCUUGUGGAACGUGCCAGUUUUGCUGGUAGUUCUUAUUAGCCAAGGGUGGUCUGAAGUAUAUCUGGAUGAGUUCACCCCUGUGCUGAACUGUUCUGAGGUCAUACAAAACUGUUUCCCAUGCCAGGCAGGACAGUAUGCAAAUAACACCGUGACAUGUUGUGGAUGCUGCAAUCGACAGCCAGGUUUUUGCUGUGAGGCCUCCUGCUGUAGUAAAUGUGAACCUGGAUACUACCAGAACACAACCGAAGCCUCGAGUUGUACCCCUUGUGAAGAGGGUACUUAUUCUGAAAAUGCUGGUGAGACAACAUGUUAUGACUGUUCACCUGGCUGGUUCAGCAAUCAGACAGGAGCUUCAUCCUGUGAAAAGUGUGAUGCAGGCACCCAUGCCCGAAAGCCCGCUCCCUGA